AUGUCGCUCGUCUACACCGCCCCGCGCGCCUUCCGCCAAACGGCUGGGAUCGUCUUCCUGCACCCGUCCGAGCGAGUCUCGCGCACCGAGCUGGACCGUCGCGAUCGAUGCUACCGCGCCAAGCGCGAGGCCGAAUAUGCACGCUCAUGGGCCGAGGACGCCACGCUCGUGGGCAACAUCAUCUACAGCACCGACUCGAGUGGCCGCCAUGCAAGCGACCGCGCUAGCUUGGGCGGCCAGAGCAGCAUCCGUCGUCGUAGACGCAGAAACGGUGUCGCCGGACGCCUGACUCACAGCUUGAAGCUCAAGAAGCUGAAAAGCUUGUUCACGCCGACGUUGUAG